AUGAGUCUUUUAACAGCAGUAGACCAUACAAUAAAUGGCAGUCAAACAGUGGAAGAGACAGAGAUGGAACGGAUGUUUGGACAUAUGGAGGAAAUGCGUGUAUCAGAGGCAGCACUUGCUGCUAGUGUCUCAGAAGAAGAAGAACAAGAAGACAGUGAGGACUCGAGUGCUUUGGAGGAUCCUGAUGAUGAUGAUGAUGAUGAAGAUAACGACGUAGACGGAAGUGAGGAAGAGGAGACGAGCUGGAUUGCGUGGUUUUGCUCUCUUCGUGAGAAUAGCUUUUUAUGUGAAGUGGACGAGGGGUAUAUUGAGGAUGAUUUUAACCUGACAGGACUUAGCAGCAUUGUGCCAUAUUAUGACUAUGCACUCGACAUUAUCUUGGAUAUUGAGACACCCAAUGACACAAAUCUUACGCAAAUUCAGCAAGAAAUGGUUGAAUCAGCGGCUGAGAUGCUCUACGGACUCAUUCACGCUCGCUACAUUUUGACUACCAAGGGCAUGACCGCCAUGUUAGACAAGUACCAAAAUGUAGACUUUGGUCGUUGUCAUCGUGUCUAUUGUCAAGGCCAGCCCGUGCUGCCUGUCGGGCAGUCGGAUGUACCGAGACACACGACUGUUAACGUGUUUUGUCCCAAGUGUCGUGACAUUUUCUUCCCCAAAUCGCAACGAGCGGGCCAGAUCGAUGGCGCUUACUUUGGUGCGACUUUUCCGCAUGUGUUCCUACUGACGCAUUCCCACCUUGUGGUGCCACCGCCAACGCAGGUAUACGUGCCACGGGUAUUCGGCUACAAGAUUCACAGCACAAGUGAAUACUAUACUGGCAAGAAAAAGAGUGCGUCUAGUCGUGAGCGGGAAAAGUAUCGGAAAGUUAAGACGCUGAUUGACCGCUUGAAGGGUCGACCAGAUGAUGAACAGGCUAGGUGA